AUGGCUCUCUUCGGCCAGUCGAACACUGGCGCUAGCUCGUCGCCCUUUGGGCAGCCUGCUCAGAAUCAACAGCAGGCUCAAGGCGGCGGUGGCAUUUUUGCUGCUGCAAACAAACCUACGGGUGGAGGACUUUUUGGACAAUCGACACAGCAGAACACGACCCCUACAACUGGUACAACUGGAGGAGGCAUCUUUGGCGCUGCACAACAGAAUAAACCCGCUACGGGGGGGGUUUUUGGAGGCGGACAGCAGCAGACUGGAACUACGGGUGGCGGGUUAUUUGGGCAAACACCACAAAGCCAAACGACGGGCACGACUGGAGGCGGCAUCUUUGGCUCACAGCCUCAGGCUCAGCAGCAGCAGCAGCCUUCUCUGUUCGGAGGAACAACCGGAUCUUCACUUUUUGGCGGUGCCUCUGCAGCACCACAGACGGGCGUCUUUGGAGGUAGUACUUUGGUAGGAAGCUCAGCCCAGCCCUCUGCGUUUGGCUCGACAGCGACUGUCGGUGCCACGCAGCAGCCUCAGCAAAAUGCUGGUUUGUUAGGUGGUAGUCUCUGGGGUGCCUCGACUCAGACAGCUCAGCCUCAAGCUUCCCAAUCGCAGCAACCCGCGGGUGCUUACUUUGACAGUUUGUUUGCCAAAACACAGAAAGAGGGUGGCGCCAAGACCAAUAUGGAGGACCUCCCUAGCCUCGAGCUCGGCCUAGGUGAUUUGCGACAUCGUCUGAGGAAACUUCAGUCCAAGCAGAACGAGAAGCCUCUGGACGGUAAAGCUCAUUAUUUGCUCGCUGCCUCGGGAGUAGAUCCUGCCGCGGCUGCCAAGGACCUUGGCCUGCUAGACGUUCAGGGCGGGCGGGUUGAGCGCACACAUGGAUAUGCCCCUAGUGAGAUCGACGUUGAGACGUACUUGUCCAACUUACAAACGAAGACGACACUCGACAUGAUUUCUGAUGGCUUGGAACGAUCCAUCCGCGAUUUUGAUACCUUUCUUGAGGAUAACGUGGCCAUGGAGUGGGACGCCCAGCGCAAGCGUAUUUAUCAGCACUUUGGCAUCAGGCCACGAGAGGACUCGGCCGCUGCUGCUCGGGAGUCCCAGGGUGGGUUUGGCCGUUCUAGGAGAAAGUCGCAGGCUGCUGGUGCUCGAACCGGCCGAAACAGUGUAUUGGGUAACACCAUGCUCCAACGAUCAGUUAUUGGCACUCCCAGCCGAAUUGGCACUCACCAGUCGGAGUUUUCUGACAUGGAUCGUUCCGCUGAUGCAUCGGGAUCCCUCAAAUCACGCGGUACUACUGAAGACCGAGUUCUUCGUGAAAGACAGGCCAAGUUGGCGGAGAAGGUUCGCACGCUCAACGUUGCUCGUGUUAGAAAGCAUCCAUUCCCUAUUCUUACGGAACUGGGUGAGGUGGAACAGAAGUCUCACGAGCCACAUGCGUCGCAUGUAGUUGAGGCUUACCGCGCUAUGAUUGAGAUUGUAGGGGAAGAUCCGGAGGCUGAAACAACAAUCAAUAGUGCGACAGCCAAGGAGCGCCAGUUUGCCGGCAUGUACUUGGAUGAAAACCCCAACUCUGCGGCUUCUAUCUCGAUGAAGAAACGAAUACUCCACGGCUCGACCGCCUUCCUCGAGAAGCAGUUCCUGAGGGAGGUCGAGUCUCUGAUUGCCAAGCAUCCUCAUGAAGCGAAGCUUGGUGGCUUGCCAGACAUCACCAGCAAAAUCAAGGCGUACAUCCGUCUUCGUUCUGCCAGAAAAGACUUGGUGCCUGACAAUACGGAGCUUCAGCAGAUCCAGGGCGAGUUUGUCUGGGCUGUGGUAUUUUACCUGCUGAGAUCUGGCCAUGUGAAUGAAGCAGCCCAGUAUGUCAACGACAACAGCAACCACUUCAGGGGAAUUGAUCGCACCUUUGCGACAUACCUCAACAACUACGCCGCCAGCGAGGACCGGCGGAUAACAAACAGAAAGCUGUUGGACCGAUGUACCAAUGAGUAUAUCCAGCGAUCGCGAAAUGCUCCCGAGAACUCUAUUGAUCCGUUCCGCAUGGCUUGUUACAAGGUCAUUGGACGAAUUGAGCUGAGCAACCGUAAUUUGGAUGGCUUAAACACCGAUAUCAACGACUGGAUCUGGCUGCAGUUCAACCUCGCUAGAGAAGGGGACAAGACAAUCGAGAUGGCUGGCGAGUCAUACGGUUUGGCAGAGCUGCAAUCGAGCAUCAAGGAAAUUGGACUCAAACACUUUCCAAAGUCGACUUCGGAGGAUACUACGAACGGCAGCUUCGGCAUGUUCUUUUAUCUGCAAAUCCUAGCAGGCAUGUUUGAGGAUGCCAUCGCAUACUUGUAUCCGUUUUCGUAUGUGGAUGCUGUCCACUUUGCGUUGGCACUGGUGUACUACGGACUGCUUCGUCCAAGCGAUCCCAUGUCCACAUCAAACGAUUUGCGCAGCUACAGUGUCAAGAAUCUGCCCCAGAUCAACUUUGGUCGCAUGAUUGGGUACUAUACGAGAGACUUCCGAGCUGCGGACGUAGUGUCUGCUGUGGAUUACCUCACUCUUAUCUGCCUCAACAAGGACCUAGGCGGCGAGGCUGGCGAGCGCCAGAGAAACCUGUGCCACGAGGCUUUGCGCGAAUUGGUGCUUGAGACUCGUGAAUUUAGCAAGCUUAUUGGCGAUAUUCGACCAGACGGCCGCGCUAUUCGUGGCAUCAUUGAAGAGCGCGGCGCUUUGAUUGGCCUCACAGAGGAGACAGACUUUGUCAACACGGUGACUUUGCAGGCGGCUAGUUUUGCAGAUGAGAGCGGCCGCACCACCGACUCAGUCCUCCUGUACCACCUGGCUGGUGAGUAUGAUACCGUGGUGGCCAUUGUCAGCCGGGCACUCAGCGAGGCCAUCUCUCUGGAGAUUGGUGAAGACCCAAUGCGUCUCAUGCCUGUCAAGCCCAGAGCCGGCGGCGCAGAAGCGGACUCUCAGCAGGGCAGCAGUCUCAGCCUAGCGUCAAUCGACGACCCCGUUGAGCUAGCAAGGACCAUGAUGACCAUGUAUGAGCGUGAGGUCAUGUUCUACCGCAAGAUCCAGGACCAGAACAAGACGGCAUGCCGUGUUCUCUUAGAAAUGAGCAGCAUUAAGAAGCUAGUUGAGGCCGGCCAAUGGGCUCAGGCACUGGAUAAAAUCCGCGGCCUUGAAAUCCUGCCUCUCGACGCAGCCGGCGACGCAAGCACCAUUCGUGCCUACGCAUCCAAAUUUUCGGGUCUAUCGCAGCCCGUCUCCAUCAAUGUUCCCAACCUGCUUAUGUGGACGAUUAUAUGCUGCGUUCGACAGAGGGAGCAGCUCAGCAAUGGGCAGUUUAGUGGCAAUGAGGGUACGAGGAAGAUGAUGGUGGAGCAGUUGAAGCAGAUGACGCUAGAUUUGACGACGUAUACUAGCAGUUCUAUGUGGGCCUUGUUUAUGUUUGAUAGACUUGUCGCGUUGCUGCAAGGCAUCAUGAGACAGAAUGGAAUUGGCUUAGAUGAUUAUUUCGAGAUGAUGAGAGCAACCGAUGAAACAGAACUUCCCAUGUUGCAUGCCUACUCCGUACCUUGUUACUCGCGAGCUUGUCAUCGGCAAUCCUUGGCCCACACGGACGAUCAAUCCGGUGGCCGUUGGCCAUCAGGGCUCGGAAUGGCCUCUGCUGCAAGCGAUGUGGUCGAUAGCCCAGAUGCGAGGUCGCCCAGUACCGCUGCCACUCCUGGCGCUGGUGGUACUGGGCCUGGAACCGGGGCAACUGGCAUCAAACGCGGCCUAGACGGCGAGGCUAGAUGUGAUGAGAAGGCCACCAGUGAUGGCGUGUCUGGGGUGAAGAAGAAGAAGACGGGGCCUGGGAGUCGAGGCGUGGCCAAUUUGACACCUGAGCAACUAGCCAAGAAAAGGGCAAAUGACCGGGAGGCACAGCGGGCCAUUCGCGAAAGAACCAAGAACCAGAUUGAAGCCCUGGAAAAACGCAUCCGGGAACUGACAAACCAGAAGCCCUAUCAGGAACUUCAGGCUGUUGUCGGGGCCAAGGAGGCAGUUGAGCAGGAGAAUGCUGAUAUCAAACGUCAGUUGGCAAACAUUAUUAGCAUUCUGAAACCAAUUGUUGGUUCAUCAACAUCGGGAGAAGCCACACAUGUUCCACCAACUGAUACAUUUUCCCCGCCAACAACGGCGGUGCCAAGCCCAGGCAUUCAUCAGUAUAGUGCUACUACACCCGCAACAACGGCUUCUCCUGCCGCAAACCUGGAUCAAAUCCAACCACAGUUGCAAAAUCACCCACAGCAUGUGUCACCUGGUCUCAGCGAUGACUUGAUUGGGCCGCCAGAUGCCCACACGGGCUCGUAUAUGGCACAAUUGCACAACCAGAAGCUUCAGCUGCGUCAAGGACUCAAUAUGGGUGGAGAACGGCUGGGACUGGACUUCUUGCUACGGCCAGGUGAGCGUGCGAGUAGGAUUCAGGCUGGCGCCAACGGUGCUCAAGACUCGCCGCAGUAUCGUCAUGUUCCCAUGAAGCACGACUGGGCGGCCAGCCAGAACGAGCAAGAAGGCCAUCACCCCUGGGCCUCGUCAGACCCUUCCGGCCAACUGCCCGAGUCCUCAGGAUCCGACGGGUACCGACAGGCAGGCAGUCCAUCCGGCAUACCACAUCACCCUGGGGCACUGCAACAACAUAAUUCAGAAACAAACCCCAACGGCCUUCCUUUCUACGCACAGCAACUCAAGCAUAGUCAUCCUUCGUGUCCGUUGGAUUCUUUGCUUCUCAACUUCCUCUCGGAACGCCGCCAACGCAUUGCCGAUGGUGUUCCCAUCCGAGAAGUCAUUGGUCCGCGAUACCCGUCUGUGUCAUCACUUCUCAAUCCGUCCAACAGCGUAUAUAGCCAUCCCCUCUCUCGAGUAUUCACCGACAUUCUCUCCACAUUCCCCGGUAUAUCGCGGCUACCAGAACGCGUCGCUUGCCUCUACGUCAUGUUUCACCUAAUGCGCUGGCAAAUCUCACCCACUCGCGAGAAUUUCGAGCUCAUCCCUGAAUGUUUGGUUCCCAAACAGCCGCAAAUGGAUUAUGCUCACCCGGCAUGGCUUGACAUGUUACCAUUCCCUACCAUGAGAGAACGACUAACCCAAAUAUGGAACCCUCGUCAAUACGAUCUGGACAAUUGGUUCAUCCCCUUUACGACGUCACUACGAGUUAGUUGGCCCUAUGAGGAGGCGGAUGCGCUUUUAAUGCUUCCAGACUCAGACGAAGUCGUGAUAAAUCCAGUGUUUGAGCGGCAUAUACGGAAUCCCGACAACUGGAAGCUCGGAAGGAGGUUUGCAAGAGCAUUCCCAGAAUUAACAGGCACAUAUGCGUUGGAUCCCUCGAUAGAUUGCUAG